AUGCCCAAAGUUACCGAACUGGUUUCACCAGUGCCGGAAAACGUACCCACCAACUGGACUUCAGGCCCUACCAGCGCUGCACUCGACCCUGGGGAGCGUCAACCGAAUAUCAUUGUGAUCCUUGCAGACGACCUCGGAUUUAAUGACAUCUCUCUGUACAACGGUGGUGCAGGCGACGGCAGCAUCAUGACACCGAACAUUGAUGCGCUGGCUCAGGAAGGUGUUCGCUUCAACAACGGUUAUGCGGCCAAUGCCGUCUGCGCGCCAUCCCGCGCAUCAUUGAUGACAGGACGCUAUUCAACACGCUUCGGUUUUGAAUUCACGCCGUUUUUUAAAACCGGCGCGACCAUUUUUCAGUGGAUGCAGGAUAUCGAGCAACCUGCCCUGCCGACCAUUAUUGAUCAUGGCAAUCUCGAGAGCCUUCCACCGAUGGGUGAGCUGGGCAUGCCACCCGCAGAGCAGACCAUUGCUGAAGUGCUGAAAGCGCAGGGUUAUUACACCGCACAUAUCGGCAAAUGGCACCUGGGCAGCACCGCGGAAAUGCGACCAACCGGCCAGGGCUUUGACGACAGCCUGUAUAUGGGUGGCAUGUUGUACCUGCCUGAAGAUCAUCCCGAGGUGGUCAAUGCCAAACGCGAGCAGAACGGCAUAGAGCGAAUGGUCUGGGCAAACGCCAGAUAUAUGGCGGACUUCAACAACCAGGGUAACUUUGCCCCAGAAGGCUAUCUGACGGAUUACUAUACCAACGAAGCCGUUAAGGUCAUUGAGGAAAAUCGACACCAGCCGUUUUUUUUGUACCUGGCCCAUUGGGGUGUACAUAACCCGUUGCAGGCGCUGAAAAGCGAUUACGACGCGCUAUCGCAUAUUGAAGACCACCACCUGCGUGUCUAUUCGGCCAUGAUCAAAUCCCUGGAUCGCAGCGUUGGUAAAGUGGUUGAAGCCCUGGACGCCAACGGCUUAACCGACAACACGCUCAUCGUAUUUACCUCCGACAAUGGUGGCGCCGGUUACAUUGGCCUCCCGGACGUCAACAAACCCUUUCGCGGCUGGAAACUGACUCAUUUUGAAGGCGGUACACACGUGCCCUUUCUGGCCAAAUGGCCGGCGCAAAUUCCCAGCGGCAGCGUGGUUGAUCAUCCCGUACAUCACGUCGACGUGUUUCACACUGCGGCAGCGGCCGCUGGCGCACAGGUGCCCACAGAUCGGAAACUUGAUGGCCGCGACCUGGUGCCUUAUGUCCGCGGGGAACGAUCAGGCCCGCCCCACGACACCUUGUUCUGGCGCGAGGGUUAUCACCAGUCGGUAUUACAUGAUGGUUGGAAGCUGAUCCGCAGCGACAAGCCAGACAACAAACACUGGCUGUUCCACCUGGCUCAGGAUCCAACCGAACAGCACAACCUGGCCCAGCAGAUACCCGACCAGGUGGCCCGUUUAAGUGCCCUGCUGGAUGCGCACAACGCCGAGCAGGCACCACCAAUGUGGCCGAGCAUCACCCAGGCACCACAGCUCAUCGACAAACACGGUGGCGAGCCUUACGAACCCGGGGACGAAUAUAUUUACUGGCCUAAUUGA